AUGGCAAGAGAAUUUUGGGAGAUUAAAAUAAUGAAGAUCAUGCUUCGGAGGAAGAUGGAGCUUCAAAAUCUUAUGGACGGUGGUGGUGUUGGGUUUGGUGGGGGCUUUUCUUUCGGUAAUCGUGGUGGCGGCUUCGGCAUGGGUGGUGGUGGUGAUGGUGGCUUCGGCAUGGGUGGUGGUGCUUCGGCAAGCCAUGUGAAUGGUGGUGAUGGUGGUCGUGCUCAAUCUUCGGUCCAAGUUCGUGAAGAUGGUGGUGCUCACUCUCCGGUUCAAGUGCGUGAAGAUGGUGGUGCGAGCUCUCCGGUUCACGUUCGUGAAGAUGGUGGUGCGAGCUCUCUGAUCAAUGUGGAUGAUGGCAAUGGAGGUGCUAGGGGCGGUUUUGGUGGUGACGUUUGA